AUGGCGUCCAUACUCGAGCUGGAGGCCGAUCAGCCUACAGUGGACCUGAUCAUUCAGCUCCAACUUCAAGAUGCCGGCCUAUACUUUGAAUCACGCAAAGGGAAAUCCCGAGACCCCACGGAUGAAGAGCUGGCAUUUCAGUUGCAGAACGAAGAGUUUGAAAGCAUGUGCCAAUUCCUCUCGGAUAGACGAAUGGCUACAAGUUUCGCAGCUGCGGUUCAAGCCGAUGGGCGAGUUCUAGCUGAUAACCAAUUGGAAGAAGAACGCGCAGUCAAAGAUCGAGAUAUUGCCCGCCACUUAACAGAGGACGGUUACCCGGUUAAAGCAGAAGACCGCCAAUCAAACCCGGAAUCAGUGGCCCUGGACGAUGAGACAUUGGCAAAGCUUCGGAUCCUGUUCGUUUCUGGUUCGGAAGGCUACGACGACGCUAACAGCAUGGAAACACCUGUUGAUGAGAUUGGGCAAGCCGAGUCGUCCACUCACGCAGCCAAACGAACCCGCCAGUCACAACCAAUACUGCGCUGCUGUAUAGCAUGCAGAGAAGAAACAGAGUUUGUGAACGUGGCACGCGUGCCUUGUGGCCAUGAAUAUUGUCGUCCCUGUCUUGAAGAUCUCUUCAAAGCCUCAAUGAUAGAUGAAUCACUGUUUCCUCCGCGUUGCUGCCAACAACCCAUUGUUCUAGAUAUUGCUCGCAUAUUUCUCAAGUCCGAUCUCGUGCAUUCAUAUGAAAAGAAAAAGGUUGAGUUUGAAACUCCAAAUCGGACGUACUGCUACUCGUCCAGGUGUUUAGCUUUUAUACCCCCUUCUUUCAUUGAGGAUGAUGUAGCCACAUGCCCCGAUUGCGGCUCCACGACCUGUACCACCUGCAAGGAACGGGCGCAUACGGGUGACUGCCCAAACGAUACUCCUACACAGCAGCUGCUAGCUACGGCGCAGGAGAACGGAUGGCAACGUUGUUAUUCAUGUUGGCGAGUGGUGGAACUGAACCACGGCUGUAAUCAUAUGACGUUAGUGACCCUCUACUUUCCUUCAUGCAACCUGAUAUUGACUAUAAAGGGAGAGAUAGCUGCCGAUGUGGCGCCCAGUUUUGUUACAACUGUGGAGAGCGCUGGAAAACCUGCUCUUGCGAACAAUGGGAUGAACAUCGUCUCCUUGAGCGUGCAAAUCAGAUUAUCGAUCGAGAAGUAA